AUGGGAGAUGACUCAAUGACAAAGAUGGCUUUCAAAUAUCAAUAGGUCAUGAUGAACUUCCAAAAGAUGGAUCUUUUGAAUAACUAAAUGUAGGAUUAAAAAGACUAAGCUAUUAAGAUGUCAAAGGUAUCGAAGUAGAAUAUGUUUACGAUGCAAAACUUAGAACAAUAUCAAGCUAGAAUUGAGUAAGAUGAAAAGUUAAAAGAGCAGACAUUAUCUGCAUCAGACUCCAUCGACUAUUACAAUCGUAAAUAUUACUAAAAGAAAGAUCUUAAUCAAAUGCUAAAGAUUCCAGGUUGCUUUUUUAAGGUUAGAGCAUAAGGUGGUGCUUCAUCUAAAGAUAUUGAGGAAAUUAACAAAUUCUAUAAGAGAACUUUUGUUACAUUGUUUGCAGUGGUAUUUCACUCUUAUCUUGGGACUACUUUCUUGUAUGAAUCGCGUAUUCUAAGCAAGAAAAGAACUCCUAAUGUCUAUCAUUAUCUGCCAUGGUGCGUUUAUCCAUUAGGAAUAUUGGGAUGCAUUGUUUAUAUGUACUCUUAAAAUAAAUUAAUCAUGGAGAGACUUGAUAGAAAAUACACUCCAAUAUGGCUUGAUAUUUCAAAGAAAUUAUGA